CCUGCCUGAGCCAUGCAACUCUGUGGGAGUGGUGCGCUGCUGCCUGGGACAGACCCCGAGGAGUGUCAGAAGCAGCUGAAGAAGAAGCAGAAGAACCGGCUGGCUGCCCAGCGCAGCCGGCAGAAGCACACUGACAAGGCAGAUGCUCUGCACCAGCAGCACGAGUCCUUGGAGAAGCACAACCACGCCCUUCGGAAGGAGAUCCAGGUCUUGCAGGCUGAGCUGGCACGGUGGGGCCGGACGCUGCAUCUGCAUGAACGCCUGUGCCAAGUGGACUGUGGCUCCUCCCCUGCUCUGCUGCCCUCUGGAUGCCCAGUCCAGGCUGAGCAACUCUCAGGACAACCUGCCUCCCAUGGAUACCGUGGCUGCCAGGAACAGUUGGGCCUGUUCCAGACUCCUGGCUCCUCUCCCCCAGCCCAGCAACUCUCCCCAGGUCCAUGCUUACAGGAGGCUCCUGGCCUCCUCCCUUCCCCACUGCCCUCACUGACCUUUGACCCUCUCAUGGUGAGGGCUCCUCUAGCCCAGCUAUCCCCCAGCCCUGUACUGUCUGCAUCGCCCCUUGGCGCCAGCCUGCUGGGGUCUUCCUCUAAGUUUGAUGCUCUCAUGCCCAGCCCCCCAGACCAGCUGGUCCCUCCACAGCCCCUCAGGCUGGAACAUCCCACCAGCAGGAGUCUGGCAUCCUCCUCCAGCACUCCAACUGCUCCCAGACCCGAGUGUCCACAGAACAUAGAACGCUUGCCUGCACUGUCUAGCUCCUUGGCAGAUUGGCAGAAGAUGUCUGUGGACCCAAGCCCACACCCCCUCGUGGCCUUCCCGCUGCUCUCUUCCGCAAAAGUCCAUUUCUAGCCUGUAUCUCGAGCUGGGCUGCUUUCCCUGGGCUCCUGAAACAGCCUCAGCACCUAGGCAGCUCCUCCACUUCUGCUCAUGUCACCAAGUGCCUACUGCUGUGGACCAAGCAAAGCCAUCCUCUCCCUCACCAGAGGCUCCAGGAAAAGACGAUCGAAGGGCCAAAUGCAAGAGCCUUGAACCUGGCUGCAAUAUUACCUGUGUUUUCCUUGGUGGCUCUCCCAGCCCUGCACAGUAUCAGGUCCUGUGACCCUCGGGCUCCCCUAAAGUGGCUCCUUCGUGACUCUUGGGACCUGGCCGUGACAGCUCGGAGCGAGGUGGGAGCUCUGCAGGGUUAUCAUCUCUGAAGGGGCCAUCAUUCACUCUCAGCACUCCAAAGGGCCUCGAGCUCAGCAGGUUUUUCACACAUGGAACUGAGUGGGGCGGUGUAUCGGAAGUGGACUCACUCCUGGGUCAGAACAUGCAUCUCGGUGCGUGUGUUGCUGAGAAA